CACCCAGAGUUUCAGUGUGACCUCUACUGCAGUUGAAAAUACUUGAGAGGGGAGGUUGAAUCCAUUGAUUUUUCUGACGAUGUAGCCUAUCUUUGUAGAGAUAGAGAGACUAAUUUUAUUUUGGUAGGAGCCCGUUCAUUUCUGUGCACAGCCAUCGCAAGAAGGGCUUAUGUGCUCCUUGCUACUUGAUUUCGGAGUAGGGGUGUUGUGUGUUGCUGAGGUAGAGUCCGUUUUAGCAGCACUUCAUCAACAUGGCUUUGAUUGGUGUGCAGCUGGUGGUUACCAUGGUAAUGGCCAGUGUAAUUCAGAAAAUCUUACCUCAUUAUUCCUUCGCAAGAUGGCUCCUGUGCAGUGGCAGUCUGCGGUGGUAUCAGCACCCCACGGAAGAUGAGUUAAGGAACUUGGCUGGGAAACAAAAGGGACAGAAGAGGAAAGACAGAAAGUACAAUGGUCACAUAGACAAUAAACCGCUAACCGUUCCAAAGGACAUAGACCUGCAGCUGGAGACAAAAUGCAUCACAGAAGUCGACACGUUAGCAUUGUACUACUUCCCUGAGUUCCAGUGGCUGGUGGAUUUCACAGUAGCAGCUACUGCAGUGUAUCUGAUCACAGAGCUGUACUACAGCAUUGCUCAGCCCUCAGGAGAGAUGAACAUCAGUGUGGUCUGGUGCCUACUUGUACUUGCCUUUGUCAUUAAAAUCCUUUUUUCCCUCACGGCCCACUACUUCAAGCUGGAGGAAGGAGGCGAACGAUCCCUCUGCAUUACAUUUGCUUUCUUUUUUUUUGUCAAAGCUAUGAUCAUUCUCAUUGUUACUGAAAAUUACCUGGAAUUUGGUCUGGAGACAGGUUUUGCAAACUUUUCUGACAGUGCCCAACAGUUUCUGGAGCAUCAGGGCUUAGAGUCACAGGGCCCCAUAUCUAAGCUCACCUUCAAGCUGAUCCUGGCCCUGCUCUGCUCUCUGAUUGGAGCAUUUCUAACGUUCCCUGGCCUACGAUUGGCCCAAAUGCACCUAGAUGCACUUAACCUAACCACAGCAAAAUUUACACAAACUCUGCUUUAUAUCAACUUCCUCUCCCCCCUCAUCAUGGUCCUGCUGUGGGUGAAGCCUAUUACCAAGGACUACAUAUUGAAUCCCACUCUUGGGAAACAGAGCGUGCCUUUGAUGAGCGAGCAGACGUAUGAUUCGUUGCGGUUAUGGGUUAUUAUACUGAUGUGUGUGCUCCGGCUUGUCAUGAUGAGACAUCACCUGCAGGCCUACCUCAACCUGGCACAGAAAGGUGUGGACCAGAUGAAGAAGGAAGCAGGACGGAUAAGUACAGUUGACCUGCAGAAGAUGAUUGCACGUGUUUUUUACUACUUGUGCGUAAUCGCACUACAGUAUGCGGCACCACUGGUGAUGUUGCUACAUACAACUUUGCUGCUAAAAACUUUAGGUGGUCACUCCUGGUGGGUCUAUCCUGAAGAAGACUUGCCUUGCCUCCAUGAGAUAAACUCUGAUUCUGUUAUCGGAACAGAACAAAUAGCACCUCUAAAACCAGAUACAGUGGUGGAAACCGGAGCCCGGGCAUCUGUGGCCCAACUCUCAAUGGCUCUUGGGGGCUUACGGACUGUUUUUAGCCCCUUACUUUUCAGGGGCCUGUUCUCCUUCUUCGCCUGGUGGAUUGCUGCCUGUCUGUUCUCCACCUCUCUUUUUGGCCUCUUCUACCAUCAGUAUCUCAUGGCGGCAUAGCAUCAGCAGCAAUCCCAAAAUGUGGCAUUUAAACCUCUACUUUUCUGGACAUGGUCAGAAAAGGACUUAUUGGGGUCUUACAGAAGCCCACUCAUGACUCUGCUCCACAACUCUUCCUCCUUCACCUCCAUGUUUCUGACCGCCUCAGAACAACUGAUCAUAUCAUCAGAGCUCUUGGUUUUGCUCCCAGUGCUUCCUCCACAGAUGACUGUGAACUCUUAUUUGAUUUAACUUGCAUAGAAGUAAUGUUUUUUAUUCAUUCGAGCAGCAAAAGCCCGUAAGUCUUUACAAGGCUCACCAUUAAACAAUGAGAGGUAAAUAAAUCAGUGUCAUCGGUGAAGUGACAUAAAAACUUUACAGACAGAUUUAUUAAUUUUACACAAUAAAAUAAUCAGAGAUUCUGGUUAUUAGUAAAUGGAAAAAUAGCUUUCGUGCAAUUCUGCUUUUCUCCAUAGAAACUGAUCACUAAAGCCAUUUAGUGACUGCAGUCUACAUGCCGUUUUUUGGUAUCUCAAACAUUCUCAGAUAUCUUUAACUAUAAAAACAACAUAAUGCAGCUCCUUUAAUGCUUUUCAACAAGUCAAUUAGAGUACUAAUUUUAAAAUGUUAUAAUUUUCGUUAAAUUAUCUCUGAUUUCAAUGAUCGCCAGGUCAUUCUUUUUAUCGUAGUACAUUUUAUUGAUUUUACUGGUAUGAAAGUAAAAUCGCUACAAUUUUACUGAUUUAGCUUGAAAAUUUGGAAAAAAACGCACAAUCUAUUUAAAAUCUGUAACCUGAUGCUCCUCCUCUAAGAUAUUAAAACACAUUGAUUAGAGUAAUUUCAAAAUUACUUAUCAUUUUUCUUCAAUGUUAUUUUGAUGUGUAAAUUAAUUAAAAAGUACAAUAUAAACACCCACUAAAUUUAGCAGUUAUCAAGUGCUAAAUGUAAGACUAUUAUCUAUUUUGACACUCAGCUCUUCAAGAAUAACAAUGGGAGUCAAAUGUUUUGACAAAUAUAAUUGACAUUAGCUGAUUCUUUUGAAGCUAUCUGUUUAGGUCUUAGUGGACUGGCCAACAGAAGUACCACUUAUAUGAAAUCCACAAUAAUGUUUAGAGAAAAGUGUUAAUUAAAAAGACAGGUGAGUGGUCCUCUUUUAUUUUUGUCCAGAGUUGAAUUUGGAAAUAUUCUUGUCGAAGGAAAUGUGAAUCUCCCACAUAAAUACCCAUUGACGGAUUGGAAAAGGAGCUACAUUUAAAUCACAGAAUAUCUGGAUCAUUCUAAUCAGACUGUGGUUUCUUUUCCUUAUCAUUUUUGUGUUUUCUGUUUGUUUGGGAACUGAUUUCUACCACGUUUUGUUCACUGGUUAGUUGCGUCUUGCUUUGGUACAGGUCAUUUCUCCUCUACACCGGGUCUUAUUAGGUUUGGUCUUUUUGUUCCCAACCUUUUUUGGAUAAUAAAAUUGGUUGUCUACCUCGGGAUGUUUUGUAAACACCAUGUGUCAGUUUGUGUUCACUUUGGGGACAUUUUGUACCUGCUUUGACAACCAACUGUUUUAAAUAAGUGUUCUAUAAUCUACUCGCAGACUACUGUAAGAAAAUGCGUUAUGACUGUAAAGGCUAUUAAUUAGCCUUCUGCUGGAGGUUGCUCAUAGUUUUGGUUUAAUCGGGGGGUCAUAAAGUGUUCAAUUUUAUAAGACUGAAAUGACCCAAACAGGGAUCUGAACCACAAUCUUAGGAAAAUGGGUUUUAUUUGAAUUAUAUUUGUUUAGCAUUUAUUUUUUUUUACAAUGAUACAGAUAAUUAACUACCUAUAGAAACAAACCAAUGCUCUAUGGUUAAGUACAUGGCUAUGAAAUGGAAGGAGGUUGGGACCAAAAAGAAACAGAAUGGGGUUAUGAGUUGUUCUUCACUCCUUAAGUCUCUUAAAAUUGUGUGUUGUUAAACAAAUUAACCUGUUUUUUUAUUAUUAUUAUUAUUUUGUACCUGAAAUGUCUUACACAGUCUUGAAACAUUGUAUUAAGGACCAGUGAGUUUCUGCUUGGUAGUGCUGUAGUCCAGCUCAGGUUUCUAGAGUUGGAGAGCAAGAGAUGGACUCGCAGAAGAGAUGAGAUCGUUUCUCCUCAACUUGAAGUUGAUGUGCUUAGAGUCAUCUGACUGAGCUCUCCAUACAGGACAAAGUUGAAUUUAAAUAUGGAAGGAUUUCUGGUGUGUUUGUCAUGUUUAUAGUUUACCUUCAUGGUUUUACUUGAGUCAUUUUAGUGGGCGUGUGAGAGGACUAAUGUGUUUUACGGGAGGCCAACGUGUGUGGGGCUCAGUCGGGGCAACAGCUUAUGCCCCUGUCUGUCUGCUGGAACGUGUUCACUGCUGAUCGUCAGCUGUAUACUCAUAGGGCAUUGUUAUGAAGAGAAGUCAGCUGCUUUAAGAUGGCAUAGUUGUUUUUUUUUUAUCUCGAACAUUUAAUUGUGCAUUUUUAGAUUUUUUUCGUAAAAUAUACGUUUUUAAAAUGGUGCCAAGUAAGGGUCCUAAUACCCAACAAGUCUGUGCUUUGUUGCUGAAGGUUUUAUUUCUGCUACUUUGUGAAACUGCACUACAACUCUGCGGCCUUCAGUUUUUCUGUAGAUCUGACUUGUUACAUUGGGAAUUAGUGGUUGUGGUUCACACAAGAACCACGUGUUCAGUAAGUCUCUGUGGAUUGUUCUACGUCGGUAGGAACAUAUAAAUAUGCGCACAAGGAAUCAUUGUGCUUUUGACUCACUGGCCAACACACUUGCCCAGUGUUAUUAGGAAUGUAGGGCACAUUGUGUCAGGUUAAUUUCAAAUUAUUGUUUUCUUUGGUUCAGCUGUUUAUCUUUGGGCUUAACGUGUGAUCAAGCUGGCGUUUAUGAACUCCAGACAUCAGUUUUGAUACAGCAACCUAUUCCAGCAACACCAUAUCAACAUUUUUUAAAUCCUGAUUUUCAGUCUUAGCUUUUGUUUGUAUCUGUUUGAAACGAUGGGGAAUAUGCACAUAGUGAAUGUAUCAAUCCUGCCUGAUUUUUAGAUUGCGUUUUAAUAAAUUGAUUUGAGUUGAUUUAACCCCCUUCCACCUACUUCACUGCAAUUUUCAAAUUCAUUCCUUGUCAAAUGUGUUUAAUCUGAAUCUCAUCCUAAUCAUAUUUGUCGUAAUCAUUUAUAUUUUGAUUUACUUUUUUAUAUUUAUUUACUUAUGCCUGCAAACAUUUCUAAUUUGAAUUGUAAGUCGUUCAUUUUGUUGUUGAAGUGCACAAUGGCUAAAAUCUUUUUUUUUUUUAAAUGUGUUUGACAAAUCUGUGAGAGAUUACCUUUUAUUUAACAGUCUGGUCUGGGUAAUUGAAAAUAAUAUUUUGGAUAUUUUCAGAAUCCACUGUCCAGAUGAACAGAUGUUGAUAUUUUCAGUUUUUUACCACUAUUAAGUGUUUAUUGCUCAUUUUUGGGUUCACAAACUAAAAUAACACAUGUUGUUCUGUCGUGUAUUUAUUUCUGCUUUAGAUUUUGUCUAAAUAAAUUAUGUUCUUUUCUUUG